AUAUACAUGUAUAAUUCGUCUCGGUGAAAUACAAUACAAUGAGAAAAAAAAAAGACUCCACCAGGAUAUAAAAGGGGGUGCGUAUCGUUAGGUCUACAUCAGUUUCAAUAGUGAUUCCUGCAUCGCCGUAUCAUCGUCAUCAUGAAUACUAUACUUCUGUUAACCAUUCUCAGUCUGGCAAUGCCUAUUUUUGGCAAAGAGACACAAGUGAAGAGACAAGACAAACGAGGUGUUCUAGGUUUAAGUCAUGGCGGAUUUGUUGGAGGGUCUGUGCUUCAUGGAGAUUCUUUAGCUAUUGGAGCAGAUUAUGGACAGAAUUAUCUCGGUGGCACUUCUCUGAGUCAUGGUAUCUCUGCACUUGCCUAUUCCAAUAGCUACAACGCGCCCCUAUAUUCACCGCAACGUCUUGAUUAUUCCGGUGAUCUCGGUUUAGGACACGGUGGACCAGGUUACGGUUCGGGAGGACUCGAAUACAGCGCGGCAGGACUCGGAUAUGGCGCAACAAGAAGCGGUUAUUCCUCGGCAAGAUCCGGAUAUGGCGCGGCAGGACUCGGAUAUGGCGCAACAGGAAGCGGUUAUUCCUCGGCAAGAUCCGGAUAUGGCGCGGCAGGAUUCGGAUAUAACGCGGCAAGACUCCGAUUCAAUACAGCAGGACACGGAUAUGGUGCAGGAUUGGAACAUGGCAGUGGUCUUACGACUGGCAGCGGUUACCAUCACGGAUAGUGAAACUAUGAGCAAUAUUAAUAUCGAUAUAAUCCUCUUUUCGAUUCUAUUUCUUUUUUUAAUCAUUUAUUUCCAAGUUUUAUAUCUUGCGACUUCUGAAUAAACUCUGUACUUUUUAAUAA